AUGAGUAAAUUUGAGAAAAGCUUAGAAACAGAGACAAUGGAUCUUCAUAGAGCGUGCAGGAUGGGUGAUUUAAAUUCUAUCAAAUCUGCAUAUGAAGCACAGCCUGAUAAAAUUGAUGAAAGAGACGCAGGAGUAAUUUUAAAUUAGCUUGGAUGGGCUCCCUUAUACCGAACUGUGAUAUGUGGGCAUUUUGAAGCAUCUAAAUAUUUAUUAUUGAAAGGAGCUAACCCUAAUAUUCCAAAUAAUUUAGGUGAAACUCCUUUACAUCAAGCAGCCGACAAUUCUCAGUAUCAAAUGGCUGAAUUAUUAUUCUGUUUUAUGCCGAAUAUUAAUUAAUCAAAAAUACUUGUUAUAUUGUAGACAUCAUACAAUUAAUAAUAAUUUCUUAUGGAGCUGACACAAAUUAUCAGCAAAAUGACGGUGACAGCCCUCUUCAUCAUGCUUCUUUUCGAGGGGAUAUAAAAAUGAUCAAACUUUUACUAGAACAUAGCGCAAAUCCCAAUUUGGCGAAUUAUAUGGUAUUUCAUAAGUAGUUUGGAAGGACACCUUUGCAUUAUGCAGUUGACUGUGGACAUACGGAAUGCGUAAAACUUAUGAUCACUGAUGGAGCAGACCCAGAAAUUCGAGACAAGCAAGGCAAAAGUUCGUUUGACUUAACAAAAAAUGAAAAAAUGAUAGAAAUUUUGUCAGGGAAAUUUGAAAAAGAUAUAGUUGAAGAAGAACAAAGCGCUGAAAUGAGCAGCGUUUUUCUUAGUCCAAGUGUAGCUGGGACGUUAAGCCCUAUAAGUGACGUUAUUUCAUAUGAUUUUUCUGAGCUAGGAGACCAUGAACGAAUGCUUUUUGCGAAUCCUCAAGGGUUUGAUACUUUUGGGAAAGAGAAGUUUCAAGAAGUCAUGAGGGUUUCUAAUCGGGAUACUACAGGCCAGAGCAGCAUAAAAAGCACCCAAAUAAAUGGCGAAUAUGAGCUAAAACCAAUUUUUGAUUGACUUGAUAAGCUUGGUCUAUCAGAAUUCUAUGAAGUCAUGGUAGAUGCUGGAUAUGAUGAUGUCCAGUCUAUGUCUGCACAAAUGCUUACACCAAUGCCAAUUACAGAGCAGCAUCUUGCAUCAAUCGGAAUUUCAAAAGCUGGGCAUAGGAAAAGAAUUAUCAUGAAACUAGAAGAAGAAGCAGGGUUGAUACAAAAACGGGCAGUUAAAAAAAAUUCAAGUUCCGCAUGAAAUGGAAAGCAAGAUUUUCUAAAGUGCUGUGUAGCCCCUAGCAACGCAACAGCUGGGCUAUUUAUGCAGCCAACGCUGAGAGAAUGGCUUGAAGAUUUAGGCCUUGAAAACCUUUAUCAGCAAUUUAUUGAUGCUGGGUAUGAUGAAUAUGAAAAUUUAUACUGUUUUCCUUUAGAUUGCAAUUUGAUUUUAUUAAUUUAUAUAUGGAAUAAUUCAAGGUAGAUUUAAUAGUAUUGUCAAUGUUUACAAAACAUCCAAUCACACAUGAUGUUCUUGAAAAAGAAGUAAAAAUCAAAAAGGCAGAGUUUCGGAAUAGAAUUUUGAAAAGGCUUGAACAAGAUUCAAAGCACUAUUCUACAAGAAGCCAUUCAAUGUCUCCACAAAUUUCUUUUGAUGAGUCCAAAAAUGUAGCCUGUGAAAUGUGUGUAGUAAUGUAG